GACCCCCCUCGUCGUCAUGUACAGCGCUUCGCAGCUUAUGGCGCUGGGCGUGUCCCUGGCGAUCUGUGCGACCGCGGUGCUGUAUGCCGACUUCUUUGCCGCGCUGUUCCCAACGCGCGAAGUCUCGCUGAGCGUCGUAGAGCAGCAGCAGAUGCUGGCGUCGCUGGUCUUCCACGCAUCCAAGAGCGGAGACGCUGCGGCCAACGGCGCCGACGGAGAAACGCGCGAUCCGCCGCGUCUCGCCUUCUGCUGCAGCGCCGAUCUGGACGUAGCAGUCCCCGCCGUGGAGCUCAUGCAGAGCGUCCAGGAGGUGGAGCGCCAGCACCAUCAGAAGAAGAAAACGCAAGGAAAGAUCUCCAAGGACUUAACUAAGCGCCACCACGAGCGUAUCGGCUCGCUCAAAGAGCUACAAGAGAGCUUCGCCUACUAUUUCUCCUCUGGAGCUGCUGCUGAGCAGAGUAUGCUCUCUCCAGAGCAGUUCAGAGAGAUAGUGGCGCUAGCUGAUGCUCUGCCACAAGUGAAGCGAAAAGUGGGCGGCAAUGCUGCCACAAUGGCCGAAAGAGCCUCAGCAGAGGGCUGUGUGGUGCUAUUGGGAGCAGCUAUGGGCAAAGACAUGAAGCCGUACUUUGUAGACCAGCGUAUUCAACUUGUCGGCCACUUGGACGAACAUGAGCACGAGGAUGUGCAUCUCGUGCUGGAAUACUCGAGUGGAGACGAGUUCCGAGGACAUAUCUCGCCCCGUGCAAACAGAUAUUACUUGAAUCAUGACGUACACAACGCCCAGCUGUCAGUUCUAGAGGAAUUUGAGAAAUCUCUGGACUCUUUCAAGCCGGAUCUGGUGGUAUUUGGAGGUCUGCAGUUGAUGGAGGUGCAGACGGAUGAAAAUGUACGUCUGACGCGUCUCAAGGCCUUGUCGGAGGUGCUUCAGAACCUCUUUGUGGCCCGGACGCCGACCCAUUAUGAGUUUGCGGCUGUGUCGGACUUCAGUCUCUUCGAUGACACGGUCCGACUCGUGCUGCCCUGGGUGGAUUCCAUUGGCCUGAAUGAACAGGAGCUCUUCAUUCUACACCACUAUCUCGUUACUGGUGAGGAAGGUACAGCUACGUCUUCGCGUCCUACAGUGGCGGACAUCAGCGCUCAACUGCACGACGUCAUCCAGUUCGCGUCAAAAGCCAAGAAAAACUUCCAGACCAAGAACGAAGACAAGGACGAGUCGCUAGCGCUGGCUCAACUCUCUCGCAUUCACUUCCAUACACUGCAGUUCCACAUUGUGUGUCAAAAGGAGGGAAGUAUGUGGGAAGACCCCAAGACGGCGCUGGUGCAGAGUGCGCUCAUGAGUUCAAAGGUGGCGUGCGGCAAGCCACCAGCUCCUAGUGCCACAGACAAUGAUGACAAGCCCCAGCCUAUGCGUACGAGUGCUGACAUGGAAGUGGAUCCGGAGCGUAUUGAGAUUCUGCUGGCUCGACAGCAACUGCUGAGCAAACGACAGGAUCUCAAGGUGGAGCUCGACCCGUUUUCGCCUAUUGUCACGUGGCAGGAGGCCGACUUCCAGUGCCACCUGGUGCCCAUGUUGGCGUGCAAAAAGCCUGACCACACUGCCGGCUUGGGAGACAACAUUUCCGGCACAGGCGUGGCGUAUCACCGCAUUCAGAAGAAGAGCGACGCUACUAACCAAGCGAAGUAGAUGGACCACAUGCCCGCGUGCGUGAAGUACUUAGUACCUCUUAUAUAGAAAUUCACAACAAUCAUGAUAUUCAUCUCUCUUCGAUUACCUCCUAGUUGCUAGCUGUAUGAGCUACCCGCUGGAUGCU